UUUAAAUGCCCGUCCAGCUCAUUGUUAUCUCAGCUGACACGGGCAGCAACUAAAUUCAGCCUUCAUUCCAAGUGUGAUUUUCCCAGUUUUUAUCAAUUUUGGACGGCCGGCCGACGUGAGAGGGCCACGUCAUGGACGGCAAGUACAACGCCAAAAGCCCUGCCGUGAAGCGCAUUAUGCGCGAGGCCUGCGAGUUGCAGGCGGCCACGGACCACUACUGGGCGAGGCCGCUCGAAGACAACUUGUUCGAGUGGCAUUUCACGGUCCGAGGGCCUUCGGGCACGGACUUCGAGGGCGGCCUUUACCACGGGCGCAUCCUUCUGCCUCCAGAGUACCCAAUGAAGCCGCCAAACAUCAUCUUGUUAACGCCCAGUGGUCGUUUUGAAGUCAACAAAAAGAUUUGCCUGAGCAUCUCAGGGCACCACCCUGAGACCUGGCAGCCAUCGUGGUCCAUCCGCACCGCCCUGCUGGCGCUGGUGGCCUUCAUGCCCUCGGACGGCCAGGGUACAAUAGGCGCCCUGGACUACACGCCCGAGGAACGCCGCGUCUUGGCCAAGAAGUCGGCCAACUGGAGCUGCAGCCAGUGCGGCCACAUUGCGGGGCAUUUGGCCUCCGAGGAAGAGGCCCAGCCGCUCUCAAGCGAGGAGAGUGAGCUCGUCGGACAAAUCACCUUCAAGGAGGAGGACCCAGCACAAAAUUCUUCAGCUCAGAAUUGUCAAAUUGGUCCUGCCAUGGAGCCGGAAGCGCUGCAGCAGCAAACGGAGCAAGCGGCCGCCGACAGUAGUGUCGCUGGAAGCCAGGCCGUGAUUCUGGGCCUGCUGGUGGCCAUCGCCCUCCUCCUCUACCGGAGGAUGUUCCUGCUCGAGUGAGCCCUUAACCUUUUCAUUAUUGUGAGAGCAGAGACCAAAGAUUCGCUGCCAACCAAUAAUUGAUUCCACUUAUUGAUUAUUUGCAGCCAGUGAAAUGAUUACUCGAUUCAAGCACACAUGUGAUUAUUCAAUAGUUAAGAAAUGUAUAACUUUACAAAUUAUAGAGGUGAAUAAAAACAAACAAAAAUGGCAUUUAGAGUGAGGACCACAAUCAAAGCCAUUCAUUUCCGAAUGCCCUGGAAUCGUUGGUAAUAAAUAAAAUGUUUCCUCGUUCUAUAAAUUAAUGUAUUUAUUUAAUAAAAAUUACUAAAAUUACAUUGGGAGUAAACAAGGGAGUAGAAAAUCUUCAAUGCUUAGGGUCUGAGGCUCAAAGGAAAUUUGCAUAAAAAUAUCUUCUUUUUUUAAUUUGCAAAAUUUUAAAAGAUGCUGUCCA